GUAUUGGUUUUGUUUUUCCCUCCCGCAGGAAUGGCGGGAGCAGGUUUUGAUCUGCUGGGUGAGGUAGUGGACGGCAGCGAGCUGCGGGUGGUGAGCUCCCUGGACAGCCAGGGGCACUGCGUGCUCAGUAACCUGACCGAGGUGGUGGAGAGAGUGCUCAGCUUCCUGCCCAUCAAACCCCUGCUCACAGCUGCAUGUGUAUGCCGCCUUUGGAGAGAUUGUGCUCAACGCAACCUAAAAACAAGGCAGAGGAUAACUUGGGUAUCUUACACCGAAGACACUGAAGAUGACCUGCCAUUUUUUUCUCACCCAUUGGUCAAUGUGGUUAAAAGUGAACUUGAGAAGAUUAACGUGCUUCCACACAUCUUUCUUUAUAUCACAGACUAUCAGAGUUUAAAUAAUUUUGGCGACUACGAAACUUCAAAGAGUGAUAAAAGGAAUAUUGUGUGGGAAAUCGCCUCUGAAUUUGAAAAGCUCCUACCAAAGGAAUGUGAUAUACUGGGCCUGAAUGCAAUGGGAAUUAUAGCUACGCCAAUGGGAUCCGGUAGUAAUCGCCCUCUAGAACUGGAAAAUGAAAGAUCUGGCUUUGGGCUCAUCAUACCUAAAAUGAAUGGAGUGAAAGUCCGGACAUUCAAUUUCAUAAAUGACCCAUUUUUUGAUGAACGUAUACUACAACAAGUUGGCCUUAGAAAUAACCCUGAUCUUAAGGUGGUCCUGAUGUUUGAACACCCCAACUGUACACGAGCAGAAAUCCGCUACCUUCGCCAAGUAAUAGAUCCUCUGAUUGAUCAAAAUGUCAUCAUUGUAGGGGGGCAGGUGGAGAUCUUGGCACCACUCUUUGCCGAAAUAAAGGCUAAAAAUUCAGCUAAAAGUUUAACACCCAUUGGUGCUGGUGGUUUAACAUUCAGUGGCCCACUGAUCCAGGCAGCCUCAGUCGUUCUAGACCUUGAUGUGGACAAAGUGGAGGCUGCAGACUCUAUAAUCCGGCGUCUAAAAGCAAUGAAUAUCCCUGAAGAAAACAGCAUAGGGUUCAUGAUUGCAUUUCAUUGGCGAGGAAAACAGCACUAUGGCAAGGACAAUGUGGAGGCCGAUUUGUUCCGUAAGCACUUCCCAAGCAUGCCUCUUUUUGGCUUCUUUGGAAAGGGCGAGGUCGGUACUUAUAACUUGGUACGCGGCAAUUUUAGGUCGGAGUUUUUUGAGACCAGGCACGAAGUUUGGCAUUGUUACACUACAGUGAUGCUGAUCAUUCAUUUUGGCAGUUAGCUGCCCCAGCAGAUACAUUGCAAACCGUGUCAGUGGCCCUGCUCUACAGCCUGUCAAUCAUUGAGCUCUGCAAAGUAUAUAGCAAUGAUUUUAGUUCGGUCCUAGUUAGGCAUUUUAGUGCUUAUUCCUCAACAUUUACAAUAAAUGAAAUUACAC